AUGCGGUCCCCUUCAGUCAAGCCAUCGGCGUAUCCGCCUCUGCCCUUCCAUCUAAUCCGCUUCUUCGUCUUCCUAUCCUCGAUCGUGGUAGGCGUGAUCCUCGCCGUAUUCAUCUACCACCUCCAUGCCGAUGGCUUCAAACUACCAUACUCGUUCAUCGUGCUCCUUGUCACAGCAGCUCUCUCCAUCGCAAAUAUCAUUCUCACCUCCAUAAUCCACUGCAGCUGCGGCCUCUCCACCAAACUCGCCAUCGCCCUUAACAUCAUCCUCACAAUCCUCUGGGCCCUCAGUCUCGGUCUAAUGGCCUGGAGCAUGGCCGGCUCAAUAACAACAACCUGCACAGCAGCCACCUGGGGUAACUCCGCUGGCAUAACCGUCUGCCGAAGCUACAAGGCCAUGUUCACAUUCACCGUAACCGGCCUCAUCGCCCAAAUCGCAGCCAUUUGGCUGGAUGUCAUCGUUCGCCGCCGCGAAACCCGCUUCGGCAACUACGGCGCCAUGGGCUCCCAGCCCGGCCUGGAUGAUUCGGGCGCUUUCGACGUCAAGAUGGACGAUCGCAGCGAGGCCACUCCCGCCAUGCAUGAUUUCCACGAUCUGCCUUCGACGCAUGGUGCGCAAGCACCUCAUGGCGCAUACGAGCCCUCUGGACCAUAUGAGCAGCACGGUGCCUAUGGUCGUAAUGAGUAUGCUUAUGCGGGCGAUGCGCAGGAAUAUUACGAUCAUGCCCCUGGGGCAGAUUCGCAGCAGAGGCCUAGAGUGCGAUUCGGAUCGCAUGACCAGACAGCAUAUCAGAGACCGGCGGCACAGACAGGGUAUGAUCCUGCCAUGUAUCGUUAA